AUGAAGUGGUUCGCCUUUCGCGACAGGGGGCCGACCUCUUACCCCCAACGAGUAUUCUGGUCCUACCUUCCCGACUGGAUCAUCACAAUCGCUCUUUGGGGCCUGUUCUACCUGGUGGACAAGAUCGACGGAUACCGCCGCCUCUUUGAUGUAAACGACACAUCUCUCGCACACCCAUACCGCCUGCAUGAGCGAGUCCCCGUGUGGCUCUUGGCAGUGGUCACAGGUCUGGGACCGGCAAUCAUCAUUGUGCUGUUGGCGGCCAUGCGUCGGUCAUUCUGGGACGCGCACAACGGCCUCCUCGGCCUCGUCCUGGCCCUUGGACUGAGCGUUACCUUUACAGACGUUCUGAAGAUCGCCGCUGGCCGCCCUCGACCUGACUUGUUUGGCCGCUGCCAACUGCCGGAGAGUUAUCAGUCAAACCCCGUCCAUGGUCUCACCAGCUGGAGGGAAUGCACCGAGACCAGCUUGCUCAAGGAUGGCUUCCGUUCGUUCCCUUCGGGCCACUCUAGUUUUGCGUGGACGGGCAUGUGGUACUUGGUUCUGUACCUGGCAGCCAAGUUUCGCAUCACCAACCAGCGCGGCUACACCAUCAAGUCGUGGACUCUGCUGCUGCCUCUCUGCUGCGCGUCCCUCAUCUCCAUCUCCCGCACGAUGGAUUACCGCCACCAUGCAACCGACGUGAUAGCUGGUGCCAUCAUUGGUAUCCUGGCUGGAUGGUGGGGAUACAGGCAGUACUACCCUCCCCUCGCAGCCCCUUCUUCCUGGCGCCCUUACGCACCGCGUAUUCCGCCCGACGAGGGUCCUCUCCCGCUGCACGAGAUGUCUACAGGCGGCACCGCUGCAGGCGAGCGCGUGCCAUUGAGUGGUGCCGGCGCGGUACCUGGUGCCACUCCCCCCGGCACAGUGGGCACGAAUCACGGCCACAACGUCGCGUUUGCGAAUAACGGCAAUGCCCAGGCGUAUACGUCCUACCCGCCUCCUUCGCACCAGGCAUCGGUCUAG